CUCUCUGAAAUUAAUACUUUUUUCCAUGAUUGUAAUGAUUUUUUAUGUAUACCUAUGGAAAAAUGCCAAUGAUUAACUUACCAUGAGUUCUGAGAAUCCAACUCCAAUUUUGAAAAGGAAUCUUCAACCGACUAAAAGGCACUCGGUGACUUUUUCUCAAUUGCCUGAUACUUCUCCACCAUCUGAGGACCCUGUACCUCAGCCAUCCUCGUCUAACUCAGACUUGGUCACUGGAAUAAGAUUGACUGACUAUGGGCUUCAUUAUGAACCACCUGCUCCAAGCCUCCCAAAUCUAUCCAAACUCCAUCCAGGGAUCAAUCUUGUCUCCAUGAGAGAGUGUGAAAGAGCUGAGCUUGGCAGUGAAGAAGCUGAUGAUCACAUUCUGAUGCUGGGAGAUGCCACACUUGGCCAGCACUUGAAAAAAGAGCUUGAAGCUUUGCCUCACAACAACAUAAGAGUGACGCAGUCAACCCAACCAACUGAGGAGCUUGUUCAGACAUGCUCAUUCUUUCUGGUGCUUCUACCUUUGGAUCAAGUAAACAGUUGUGACCAAGUAAAAGGGACAUUGAACCAGCUUGGGACCCUGAGAUCUGACUACCUGCUGCGCAGUGCAGUGGUGGCCAUAACCAGCGCACACGGAUCAGACCAAUUUGUUGCGGAUCUCUUCAACUUACACACACUACUGCUGCAGCAGAAAAUAGCUUAUUACGUCUGGUCUAAUGUUGUUCCUGCAGGCUGGCCAAGCAUCAUCGACAGGCUCGCCGUGGAGAUCAGGUCUUGCCGCCACGAAUUCGAGUCUCGCUCCAAAAAUGGAGGCGAAAGCAGGGAUAGAGUGGCGUCCCGAGCGCUGUUGAGUUCUCUGCUGUGGCACCGAGACCCAGGAAACUCUUUCCUUAACGAAUAUCUCGACGUGACUGUACUGAGAAGCCGUCAGCAUCUCGAAUUUUGAUGGCUUUGGAUCUUAAAGCAGGCGAGCUGAGGGGACGGCCGGGAGAGAGGAGGGAGGUCAGAAGAUCCGAGACUGGAGACUAGUGAGAAUCGCGCCACAGUGAGAAGACGGGAAGGGACAGGUGGAAGAGGCGCUCAAUUGAGUGGAAGAAUUUUCCACACUCGGAGCACAUCGUGUGUAGGGGCUCGCAUCAUAUAAGUGGAGGAUAUAAGCUGGCCGUACAGCGGUUGUGGCGAGUGGAUAUGAACCAAUCGGAGGUUGCGGGGCAUGACAACCUAAACGGAAGCUACAAAAUGGGCAAUUCUUCUCUCGGUGGGAUUGGGAGGAAAUCACUAGUUAUAAAUUGCAGCAGGUUACGCAUGUUAACGCUCGCGAGACAACGAAUAAUAUGUAUGAGAUAAUCCGUAUUUAAUAUGAUAAUUAACUGGAAAGGUAACGAUCACAUGAUAUUAGCAAAGCUAUUUCGACGGCUGAUCGGGUGAUAAUUGUUGUUGUUGCUGGCAGCGUGAGCGAUAUACUAGGACAGGACCUUUACAGCUGCACUCGUGAAUUUGUAGAAACGAGAACCGAAUAGAAAAUAAUGACAAGGCUGUAAAAUUACAUUCAUGCUCGGCAAUCAACACGCCUUCUCAGGUUUAAAUUCUUUCCGUAGUUAUUAAGCCCGCGGCGUUUUAAGUCUUUUGAAGCGCCAUUCCGCCUCUUUCGUCGAAAAAAAGAUGUAUGGUAAGACAGAGAGAUAUGACUGUGAACUCUAACGAUGUUGCUAAAUAUAUAAAUUAAUUGCAUUUAACCUAUCUGUCGCAGAUAGGGGAGAAUAAUGUUUUUACUACGAGCAACCAUGAGCAUGCAGUUGACAUUUGCUUUACAUAAGCAAAUGUCACAUGCACAAGUGGAUUAAAUCACUGUUUGCUAUACUAACUGCUAGUUUACAAUCGAUGAAACAACAUAUGAAUUGGUAAUUUACCAUAAAAUUACUUUAACACGAUAAAACUCUACCAAUUCCUAAUGUAAAUGAAGUAUUUACUAUAAUAAUAUAAUGAUCUUUUUUAUAAACAU